AUGGCGACGACAGAUGAAUUCGUGCCGCUGCCUCAGCUCGCCGACGUGGACGGGUACAGGCCCACCACGUUCGACUACGAUCCACCCGCGGGUAGCAAGGACCCGAGGGGCGGGACCCCCCCCGGCAAGUCCGAGUGGGUCGACGUUUUCCGCAAAUCGAUUCCCGAAUUUCGGAAGCGCGCCGCGGCCGACCCGCGCGUCCCGGACGCCGCAUCCCUCGCGGACCGGUUCGCGGACGAUUUCUCGGCGGCGCUCGAUCGCAUCCACGCGGGCGACCAUGCGGAUCUGUUCGAGGGCCAACCCACGGUGCUGAAGAUGUGCAGGCUGCGGGACGAGACGCUCCGAUCGCUCGGGUUCACCGAUUGCUUCAAGGAUGUCAAGGCGACGGAGAACGAGCGUGCGCUGACAGUCUUACCGGCCGUCCUGGCUGAGAUCGAUGCCAUCGCCGAUGCGAAGGACCGACUUCUCGCGCUAAUACAGGGCGCGUUCGCGGGUAACAUCUUCGACCUCGGCGCGGCGGCGUCCGCGAAGCUGCACGAGGACGGCGGCGGAGACUUUCGGUCCACGCGGGCCAGGCUCAAGUCGAGGCCGUGGCUGGUGGACGAUUUCGACUCGCUGCACCAAGCCUGGACCGCGAACGGAGCCACCGGGGGAGAGCUCGCGUCCACGUGGAGAAAGUGCGUCAUGUUCGUCGACAACUCGGGGGCGGAUGUCGUGCUGGGGAUGCUGCCCAUCGCGCGCGAGCUCGCGCGACGGGGAUGCAAAGUCGUGCUCGCCGCGAACGAAGUUGCGAGCAUCAACGACGUCACCGCCGCCGAGCUCGAGGAUCUCCUCCCCCGCGUGGCUGAGCUGGACGAAACGUUCGCCGAGGCGGUCAAGUGCGGGGCCAUCGCGGUGUGCUCGAGCGGGAGCGACCUCCCGGUGAUCGAUUUGAGAAGGGUGUCCAAGCGUUUGGCGGCGGUGGUGGAUGACGCGGAUUUCGUGAUCCUCGAGGGAAUGGGCCGCGCCAUCGAGACAAAUCUCGAGGCGGCGUUCGACUGCGACGCGCUCAGGAUUGGCAUGGUGAAACAUCCGGAGGUGGCGCAGUGCUUGGGGGGCGAGCUGUACGACUGCGUGUGCAGGUUCGAGGCUGCGGGGUAUAUAUGA